CAUUCACUCAGCCCUCCUCUGCUUCCCCACUAUCACAAACCUUUCCUACCGUCUGCUCCUCCUCCCCUUCAGAACCAUAUCAGUUCCCCUGAAUUUUCAUCGUUAACGGGUCGUCAUAUUCCUCUCUCACAAGUGUCUAUGAGAAGCUUGUUCACCAUGUCGUCGUCCUGCUCUGGAAGCUUCAGCUUAUGCUCUGCUUCCCGUGCUCAUCUGCCAUUUUCUGCACGCAAUUCUCGACGUUUCUCAAUGAGGAAUGGAGAGGACUUGCGGCAUUUUGCGGUCUUCAAGGGAAAACGAGGAGUCGUGGAAUGCAACGAGUUGUUCUUGCUCAGAGCAGGAGAAUCUGCUGCCAGCAUAUCAGAAUCGUUGGCUCAAACCCCGGGGGCGGCUGAGUCCAUAUUUCAAGCUGUGUCUCGACCGGACCCUCUGGGAGUUGAGCUGGAGCCUGUGCUGAUGGACGUGCCUUCAGAAACCCCUCUCCUCGCUCAGAAGAUGGCAGCCAAGGCAUCGCGAUCGCCCGCCCUGAGCGGAGGCAACGUCAUCGAGGUCAACGGGAUGAGGGUGUUUCUGGUAAGCCAAGACCAGAUGUCCUAGAGCUCGACGUCUUGUUGCCUUGUACUUUAGCACUUUCAUUCUCCCUCCUCUUCUCUUAGAUAAUCAACUCCUCCUUCUCUCCUCGCAGUCUCUAUUCGGUGCUCUGCUUGGCUUCAGUGUCGGUUUGCGCCCUGCCUGGAGGACACGUCGAGUCCCCGCAGGAAGGCUGCAUGCUUUUGGCGUUUGAGGCGCACCUGGAGCAGGAGUGAGCGUUGAGCGAGUAAAAGCAGCAUCACUUG